UCUCUCUCUCUCCCUCUUCCGUCUCUCGUCCGAUCUUUGUCGUCGCUUCCCACGUCGCUGCGUCCUGAAGAGAGUUGCGCAUUUUUCGCGUCGUGUCCGCUAACUUGUAAGACUAUUUUCAUUGCAGAACAUGUCUCCGCCAACGUACAGUGAUCUGGGAAAGAGCGCCCGUGAUGUGUUUGGCCAAGGCUACCACUUUGGUCUCUUUAAACUAGAUGUGAAAACUAAGACCAAUUCUGAUGUGGAGUUCUCCUGUGGCGGUGUAUCCAAUCAGGAUACUGGAAAGGUGUUUGGUAACUUAGAAACUAAGUACAAGCUCAAGGAAUAUGGGUUAACGUUCAGCGAGAAGUGGAACACUGACAAUACUCUUGCGACUGAUAUCUCCAUCGCUAAUAAAUUGGUCAAUGGUCUCACCGUUGGCUACAGCUGUACCUUCUCUCCUCAAACUGGCUCCAAAACUGGAAAACUGAAGACGACCUACAAGCAUGAGAAUGUGUCUAUAAAUUCUGACUUUGAUCUUAGUCUGUCUGCUGGACCUCUAGUUCAUGCUUCAGCUGUCGUGGGUUAUCAAGGCUGGCUUGGUGGCUGCCAAAUAGCCUUUGACACACAAAGAAACAAACUUACAAGGAACAACUUUGCUCUUGGACUUACUGCUUCAGAUUUUGCUCUUCAUACUGCUGUGGAUAAUGGUCAGGAUUUCAGUAGCUCCAUUUAUCAAAAGAUAAAACCAGACUUAGAGGGAGCGAUUAAUUUGGCAUGGAAUUCCAGUAAUAAUGUUACACAUUUUGGCAUUGGAGCAAAGUACAACCUUGAUAAUGAUGCUAGCAUUAGAGCCAAAGUGAAUUCUAAUCUUCAAAUAGGUUUGGGGUAUCAACAUAAGUUGCGGGAUGGUGUAACCUUGACACUUUCUACAAACAUUGAUGGCAAAAACUUUGGAUCUGGUGGCCACAAAUAUGGCGUCGCAUUAGACCUUCAAGCUUAAAUACGUAUCAUUACAAAAUAACUCUUAUUACGAAACAGCAAAAAAAUUUAUCCCAUAUAAAUAAAUAUUUCGUGACCUUUGUGUCAAAAUUGGCGUGACAGUAUGCUUCAAAUAAAGUAUUACUUGUACGUAUAGACAGAUUGAUUCUUAUAAAUAGAUGCCGCAAAAUAUCCUGCAUUAUUUCAAAUUAGUUAAAAAAAAAAUAGAUUAUAUUAUACAUAAUUAUCAUAAGCAAAUGAUAUAUUGGUCGAUGAACAGUAUAAAGUCAAAUAACAAUUACACA